AUGGCGCUAGACGAGUAUGAUGUAGAUGCUACAGAACUUUUGGAAACUUACGACUUCUUAAUGAAAUAUAUCAUUAUUGGAGAGGCAGGGACAGGCAAAUCAUGCUUAUUGCACCACUUUACCCACAACGCAUUUAAGGACCACUCUCAACAUACCAUCGGAGUGGAGUUCUCUAGCAGAACAGUAAAGUUAGGGGAGAAGAGGAUAAAGCUUCAGCUAUGGGAUACUGCCGGUCAAGAGCGCUUCCGAUCGGUAACACGUAGCUACUACCGCGGUGCAGCUGGCGUAAUUCUUGUAUAUGAUAUCACGAAUCGCGAUUCUUUUUUGAACAUGUCUCAGUGGCUGACUGAUGCCAGAGCUUUGGCAAGCCCGCACUUAGUUGUAGUCCUAGUCGGAAAUAAGUCGGACAGGGAGGAAGACCGUGAAGUGGAGUGGGCCGAAGCCAGCAGAUGGGCGGCGCAGAAUGAUGUUUACUUUCUCGAGGCUUCUUCAUUAACUGGUGACAACGUCGAAGCUCCAUUUUUACUUGCUGCAAGGUCCAUCCUGCUCUCUAUAGAGUCGGGAAUUUUGGAUCCCGAGAAAGCUGGGAGCGGUGUGAGCUAUGGAGAUCGUGCCCUCCGAAGAGUGACGAGCUCCAGCCAUCUUAGCUUUGGGAGUCUUAGUGGUGCUCGAAGGCGACGCUCGGACAAGCUUCGAUUCAAAAAUUGGAUACCAUCGGGGAAAUGCUGCUAG